CAGGGUGGGCGGAGACGUGCUAGACGAGGGGACGGUGAACCAGCUGAACAACGAUUUCGAGGGGGCCAUCGACCUCCAGCUGCGGUUGCCGAGCGCGGCGUCGAAGCAGGCGGCCGCGGAGCUCAUCAGACCCUUCUACUUCGGCAACGUCUCCACCAUCACCGCUGACGACGCUGUGCCCUACGCCGCCAUGAUGACAGAUUUGAACAACGGUGAGCCAGCGGACACUACGGUGCACCUUAUCAGCUCCAGCAACACGUACCCCGUCUUCUACUACCAAUACGACUACUCCGGCAGCAGCCCAGACCUCGGUCUGCCUGGGGCACCGCACAUGGCCGACCUGGACUCGCUCUUCAAAACCGCUGGACCAGGACAGAAUCUGGACCCCGCCUCAGACGAGCAGAAAGUGCGCAACGUCAUGGUCAGGCUCUGGACUAACUUUGCCAAGUACAUGAACCCCACCCCUGAGGACGAUCCAGUGAUAGAGGGAGGUUGGCUGCGUUUCAACUCGACCACGCAGUACUACCUCAACAUCAAUGUUAACACGACGCUUGAACAACAUAGAAUGGGUGAACGGAUGGACUUCCUCCAUUCAGUGAUCCCACCCUAUUUUUGAUGUUUCAUGUGUGUUUAAAAAUACACCCUCGUUCAUACACUUGAGCAUCUAAGUUUAAGUAUUUUUUUUGUGUAAA